UUAAACUCGUAAUGCAAACAUUUUUUGCACCCGUUUAUUAUACGUGUUAGACUUACAUUAUUUUCGUGGUCAUAAUGAUUACACAAGUACUUCGCAAAGUUGUACUAGAUUUUAAACAUAACGGCAGUAUAUUUGUCAAAUAUUAUCACUGUAUUGAUGUACAUCUUAACAAUGCCCUGUAUCCGAACAUGAGUACAAAUGUAAUUGCUAAAAAUAAAGUGUUGGUUGGUUAUUUUUUAACUAAACAAUAUGCCUCAAAAAAAUGUGAAAUUCCUGUAUAUCAAAAAAUGCACACAUCUCUAUUUAAUGCACCUUUAUAUCAUGAAAAUUAUAUACUGUUACCCAACAUAAAUUCUAUCAAUUAUUACCCUACUCAGGUAAAUAGUAUUAGAUGGUAUAGCAAUGCAACACCUGUAGUGUUAAAUGGAGCUAAUCAAUAUUAUGGCAAUGGUAUCCUCAAAAGUAUAUCUGAGAGUUUACCUGUUGAAUGUACGAUGGAUGCAUUCAAAAUGUUACAUUCUAGUACGCAGUUACCAUGGUGGGCAACAAUUAUUCUUGCAACAAUCAUUAGUAGGACACUUGUAUCACUGCCAUUGACUAUAUUUCAUUCACAAAUUAAAGCCAAAAUAGAAAAUCUACAACCAGAAAUCGUCAAAAUAAUGAAAAAAUUAAAUAUGGAGACAAGAAUGGCAUGUGAACGGUUUGGGUGGAGUGGGUCGUAUGCAGCCAAAUCUUAUAAAAUUUCUUUGAAAAGGGAAAUGUCAGACCUAUUUAAUAGAAAGAACUGUCAUCCUGGAAAAAUUUAUGUGUCAACUAUACUACAAAUUCCUUUAUGGGUUAGUUUUUCAGUUGCCUUAAGGAAUUUUUGUAACAUGUUACCCAACAGAGAUGCUGUUGCAUUUCAAGAUUAUCUUGAAUUUGCCAAUGGUGGUUUUGGAUGGAUAAAGAAUCUUACAGAUGUAGAUCAUUUGUUCAUAUUACCAAUAUUUUUUGGACUUUCUGGUUUGGCUACAUUAGAGAUACAGACAAUGCUCAGUUACAAAAAAGAAGCAAAGUACCACAGGUACUUACUAGCAUUUUAUAGAGCUGUAACUAUUUGUUUAGUACCUAUCAUAGCAUAUGUACCAUCAGGUUUGGGCUUGUUCUGGACUGUCAGUAAUUUUUACACAAUAUUUCAAAUAAUGCUGGUACAAUCUCCAAAGUUCCGUAGACUAGUAAGAAUACCUAAGACAGAGUCUGAGUUGCAACAUCCAUAUACAGAACUGUAUAAGAAAGUAAAACACAAAUUACACUUACAAUAAAA